AUGUUAUGUACAACACGAUCAAAAUUGGACAUCCAUAGUUCUCAGUUUUUUCUGCAUGUGCCUCGUGCUGCACGCGCGUCGCAAGAUAAGCGCCGCAUUACAUCAGAUCGCGUCGGCCAAGUUGGCGCAUCGAGUGCAUUGAUUUUAAGAGUGACAAGCAAGCGGUCAAUCGUGCCUACAGCAGCAGAGAGGGCUAACGUGCCGUCCGCUGGGAGAACUGAAGUUUGA